GAGCGGUCUCAGACUCCCGCCUAUCACCCAAGCUGUAGUUAUCGUACCACCCGUAACAGAUCAACGUACUGUGCUGGAGGAGAAGACUUCGUAUCUUCACCAUAAUGCAGAAGAAAAGCUACUUGACCCUUAUCAUUGUUUUUCUCUUUGCAAGCGUCGCUAUCAAAACUAUUGCCGUGAUGAAGUUUUCUUACAUGAUAUCCAAGUUCUUAGCAGCAGAAUAUCCUCACUUCGCGUUUGUCGGAGGCAGUGUGCCCCAAGAGCUUCCCGGAAAGUACGGCGCAGCGACCAUGGAGAUAAAGCAUCCGGACACGCAUUACCCGUUGAACGAUAAUGACGCCUGGGCAGUCCUACUGUUGCCCCCAGAUGAAGGCUUUAUUCGACUUGGUCCGAAGGGCCGGCCCUUCGCCUUGUCGAUGUACCAUCAGCUCCAUUGCCUGAACGCUCUCAGAUACGCACACGUCGCAGCGCGACUCGGCCUAGUUGCUCAUCCCGAAGACCGAGACAUGUAUCACGACAACCACUGUCUGAAUUACAUACGACAGGGACUGCUCUGUCGAGCAGAUAAUUCCUUGCCGCCCAUUAACUCUUCAGCCGCUACCCAAUACCGUUGCCAAGACUGGACAAAAGUCCGAAAUUUUGUGAAACAGAACCGUGAUGAUUGGGAUGGUGUUCCUCUGACUCACGCUUGGGAGGAACCGGACUGAUACGUGUUGCAGAUUGCGCCAAGAGAUUGUAUACAGCUCAUCUCUGAUAUAUUUAAUUAAGUACUAUUCUGUGUUCCCGUGUUUCGUUUGAAUCCAGAAUACCUUACAGCUAGUUGA